AUUCUCCCAUAAAACUACGCGAGGAAAAUGAGCGGCUCAACGCUGAAAUCAAUCGCCUUCGGAAACUGUUGGAAAAUUCCCCAGAGGGCGCUGUCGGCGGCGUCGAUCUCUCAGAUUCGAAUAGCUGUGGCGAUGCACAUUCAACCGAUGGCAGCGGUGGCAUGCCGCAGCAACGCGUUGAUCGUCUCGAAGCCGAGCUGCGUUCGGCUAAAACCCAAAUAAUGACGCUACGCAUUGAACGCAAGAAGCUGCGUAGCGACAAGAGUGAACUGCUUGCACAGGUGAAACAACUUUGCGCCUCGCUGCAGGACAAAGAACAGGAACUGCGCGACUUUAUACGAAAUUUCCAAGAUCGAGUGCGCGAGACUGAAACGAAUAAUGCCAAACUGACAGGUGAUCGAGAGCGCGAACGUUGGCAAUUGUUGAAACAGGCGCGCGACGAAGCCGAACGUUCAUUGGCGCUGGCACAGCAGUUGAAUGCGCGCGACUUACAGUUACAGCGGCUGCAAGAUCAGUUGCAGGAGGCGCGUCGCCAACUUUCCGGCUGUUUGUCAGAUCAAGAGAGUUUGCUCUCCUUCGCUCCACUUACACCACCGUCAGCCACUUCGGGUAUGAUAAAUCAACUGGCCACAACAGUGACUGUGAACAGUGGCAUGCGCACAGAUGAUAGUGGGCGUGGCAACUCGAACUCAUUGUCGGCGUUUAGCAGCAGUUUGAGCGGUGGCUCAGGCGCAACGGCGGGUGAUCGCAAUUCGUGCUCAAACGAUUCGGGUUUGCGGAAUAGCAGUGACCGUGAGAGCACCGGUGGAGAUUUGAACUUCAGUGAUGGUACUUGCGAGAAUGGACCAUGCAUAACAGUUGACCCAGACAGCAUUUCAUUGGUCUCCAGUCAAAAUAUGUAUCAAUAUGGUACACCAAAGGAGCGUAGCCCAACUUUGUCGCCUUUGAACUCUGCCGCCUAUUCGAGAUCUGUGGAGCAGCUCGGCUCGCCCGUGGAGUCGGAUGGUCCUGGCGCAGUUGCGCGCAAAUUCGCGCCCAAAACCGGUACAUUAAGCGCGCGUAAUGGGCGCGGCGGCACUUGGGGUAGCAUUUCUCGUGUUUUCGCACGUUCGCGUAAUAAAAAUAAAGCUCUGUCGGCAGAUGGCGCUACAGAGUACGCAGACUAUUCUUGGAGUCCACUCUCCGAAGAGGGCUAUGCUGAGAAAUUGCGCCUGUUGCGCGACGCAUCACAACUGCCAAUGGAAAGGUGGCGUGCCUCACAGGUACUCGCCUGGUUAGAGGUAGCGCUCGGCAUGCCCCAGUACAGCACGCGUUGUGCGGAGAAUGUGAAAAGCGGCAAAGUACUGCUUGAGCUGAAUGAUGGUGAAUUGGAGGCGGGCCUGGGAUUAGUGCAUCCCAUGCAUCGCAAGAAGCUACGCUUGGCAAUUGAAGAGCAGCGUCGUCCGGAAAUGGUGCGCUACCCCAUGAUCACACAGCUGGGACACACCUGGGUGGCAUCCGAAUGGCUACCUGACAUUGGGCUGCCACAAUAUGCUGACUCGUUUCUGCAUUCGCUGGUCGAUGCGCGCAUGCUCGAUACGCUGUCGAAGAAGGAAUUGGAGAAAUUUUUGGGGGUGACGAGGAAAUUCCAUCAAGCGAGCAUUGUACAUGGCAUUCAUGUGCUUCGUAUUGUGAAAUAUGAUCGUCAAACUUUGGCUAUGCGUCGUGUACAAUCAGAAAAUGUGGACACUGAUCCAAUUGUGUGGACAAAUCAACGUUUCAUUCGCUGGGCCAGAUCAAUUGAUUUAGGAGAAUACGCUGAUAACUUGAAAGACAGCGGUGUGCAUGGCGGCCUUGUCGUAUUGGAACCAUCAUUUUCUGGCGAUACCAUGGCAACAGCACUGGGUAUACCACCAUCAAAAAAUAUUAUAAGACGACAUCUCACCACAGAAUUCGAUGCGCUCAUUUUGCCUGCAAGAUACCUUGUUUACUGUCAAAUGGAAGAAUUUCAUAUGGAUAACUCACGACAAUUGAUCUUAAAUCAAAAGCAGCUAGGCAGAUAAAUCGUUGUUAAGUUAUUUGAUCCAUUGCUUU